AUGUCGAAUACAGAACAGUCCCUCAACUUCUUCGACCUCCCCCCGGAACUCCGCAACAAAAUCUACGAAUUCGCCUUCCCCUGCCGCGAGCGCGCAGCUUACAACCCGGUCACGCACUACCGCCGCAUCGAACCCUGCCGCUGCUUCGCGCAGCCUUUGAUGCGCGUGUCGCGCCAAAUGCGCAGCGAAAGCGUCAGCCUGCACUACAGCCUGCACGAGUUCCACUUCUCGCUCUUCCCCCCGACGAAACCCAUCUUGCUCUCCUGGCUCGACACGAUUGCGCGGGCCUCGAUUUCGCACAUUCGGCGCUUCGUGGUGAAGCGGUAUGUCGAGGGCACGACGCAUUACUGGGGCGAGCAGAUUCAGGCUGUGACGGUGGAUUUGAAUGAUGAGCGGGGCGAGGUGCAGGCAGGAGUUGAGUAA